AUGGAUUUUGUAAGUUUUGCUGCAGCUGCUCUGCGUAGUUCAGCAGUUUUACCAGGCGAAUCAUUCGACAGCUAUUGGAUAACUAAUGCUCCUGUACAGUUCGGGUUGAAGGGUGUAAAAUGCACGUUCCGUUUCGAAACAGCAUUUGCAGAUGCUGACGAUGAAGCUAGUACAUUGGUAAAUGGUGAUAACCGUCACACCGUUUAUAUUCUUUGGGUUUCAUCAUGUGAAGAUCCUUCAUUGUUAUACUCCUGUCGAAUGGAUUCAAAAAUCGACAAAGUUGCACUUCGUUAUGGACAACGUACACCAUCAAUCCUGAAAAGUAUGAUUGAGGGAGCAAAUAUGCCAUCAGAUGAUCCAAGAUUUACAAUGAUUAACUUGAUUGGUGAGCAAGAAAUGGGUCUAUUCAUCCGACUUUGUAUCACUCCUGGUGAUGGUCCAUCAGCACUACGGCUCGCUCUGCGCACUCCAUCGGCAGCGGAAUGGAAAAGUCACUUGUUGAUGUUUAUUCAGAAUCUGCAGAAUGAUUUGUGGAAAGAGCGUUGGCAGCGCGAAUUGUUGGAAAAGGAUGCACUGAGUAUGAAAUCUCAAAUAGCGCAAAUGGAAAGAAAACGUGGUUGGCUUGAGAAAGAGCUGGAAAUGUUGUAUGCUCUGAUGCAACAACAGAAUCCGAUGCAGUCUUUGAAAAUUACGAAUGAGGCUGAAGAUUCUGCAUCAAAAAAAGAAGUAUCAUUACUUCAACCAGUACCAACUCCUUCAACAGCUCAAAUUGCUGAUUCAGAAGAAUCACCAAAGUUCAACAUCGUUACUGUGCCACCAAAACGAAGUUCUCUGUCUUCUUCACUAACUUCUUCUGUACCUCUUAAAUCUGGUCCGAAUGUGAAAAAAAAGCGGGCAAUUCGGAAUAAAGAUGCAUUAGCCAAUGAUGACUUACUGAUGGGUGUCGCUUCGCUUCUUGCUUGUGCAGUGUGUCCUGAUGAAGUAACAUUACAAGACCAGGAUGGAAUAAAAGAGCAUUUCAUAAAUCAGCACCUAGACGGUGAACAAGGCCGCUGUAGAGCUUGUACAGAAGAGGUUAAAAGCGGUGAUAUGCUGAGUCACAUGAAAGCACAUCUGGUUAAAAAGUACGCUUGUGAAUUUUGUGGAAAGAAGGGAAGGAAGCAUUAUUUGAAGGCGCAUAUUCGUAUUCAUACUGGAGAAAGACCUUAUAAAUGUGACAAAUGUCCACGACGUUUUGCGGACUCAUCUACGUUUCGCCGUCAUCAGUUGAUUCAUACUGGUGAAAAACGAUAUUCAUGUCCGGUAUGUGGACGUUGUAUAGCUCGAAAAGAUAAUGUCAAGACACACUUAAGGAGCCAUGUGAAGACUAUUUCCAACAGUGAAAGUGAAGCAGCUGCCUGGAUGGAAACCCUCUUAAAUUCGUUACCUAGUAAAGCAGAAAGGAAUGCAGUGGCUGUACCACCGCUAGAUUCACCAACUUCUGUGGAAAACAGUGAUGAUCAAAAUUUGUUAGGUGAUUUUAAUUUGUUAAAAUCUCUAAAAGAGGAAGAAGUGAGUGAUAACAGCUAG